AUGUUCGAAUCCUUUGCAGUUUGCAUUUUAUCUUCAUUAGCAAUAGGCUUCAUUAAAAAUAUUUAUCAAUUAUCAGGUUCUAUUUAUUUUGAUGAAUUGAAGGAACUUAUAAUUCAGCGAGAAUAUGCAGGUAAAACAGAAUUCAUUUAUUCAUUUUCAACAAAUUACUUUUUGCCAGCAUUAUUACCAUCCCUUUACAUAUUUUACGCAUUUAUCAAAUAUUCUAGAAGUACUCUAUAUAUCAGAUAUAUUAACAUUAACAUAAAUCUAGAUUAUCGUAUGCUAUCAAUAAUAAAUAUUUUCUUUGUCGUGGUUGCAUUUUAUUCUACAAUAAAAACUACAGGUUCUUCUAGUUUGAACUUUUACAAUCAUAACUAUGUUUUCCCUAAUCCGCAAAACCUAGUUUUCCCCGAAAAAAAGAAAAACGUAAUUUUUAUUAGUUUAGAAUCGUUUGAAUCUAGCUUCAUAUCACAAGAACAUGGAGGCCUAAUGGAAACUAGUUACUCACCUUAUAUAGAAAGCUUGGCUUUAGAUACAAAUAACGUUCAUUUCUCAAACCACACUGAACCAGAUAAGCUUGGUGGUACUUUGCAAUUAUAUCGCAACAGGUUCACAGUAAGCGCUAACUUUGCUGUCCAAUGCGGCUUUCCUUUCAAAUGGCAAGGAGAUCGAGCUCAAAACAAAGGAGAUAACACAAGCACAUUCUAUUAUACACAAGCCCAAUGUCUUGGUGAUGUUUUAAAGAAGAAUGGAUAUGAUACACAUGCAAUUUACGGUACUUUUGAUGAAGAUUGGAGUAUCGGAUUUGUUUUCAAGCAUCAUGGCUUUGAUCACUGCCACAGUAGUGUUAAUUUAGCCAAUAAAAGGUGGUUUGUACCGGAUCAUGUACUUUUCAAGUACCAAAAAGAUUUAAUUGACAAGAUUUACAAAGAAAAUCCGAAAAAGCCAUUUUUAUUAUAUAUCACAUCUAUAGACACACAUGAACCUGGUUACAUAUGUAAAUUGUGUCCUCCGAAUGGAACAAAAUUACAGAGACUUUUCAACUGUUUGAGCAAUCAAAUUAAAGAUUUACUUGACUGGAUGAAGACAAAACCAUGGUACAAUGAUACUUUAAUUGUUCUUCAUGGAGAUCAUGUAAGAAGAGACACAAGUGUACAAGAACUUGCUCAGAAAAACAACUAUCCAAGAAGAAUCUUUAAUGUAUUCAUUAACUCUGAAUUGAAGCGAGCGAAUAACACUGGAAGAGUUUUCACUCACUUCGAUAUGUUCCCAACAAUUUUAGCUGCUGCAGGAGUUAAAAUAAAAGGAGAUAAGCUUGGUUUAGGUGUCAAUUUGUUUUCAGGGAAGAAAACAUUGCUGGAAAAGUUCAGUCAAGACUUUGUUGAUGAAAAUCUUGAGUCUGUUUACAAUUGGUAUCAAAAGGUAUUUCAUGAUGAUGGAGCUUUGAAUUGCUUUGAUCGUGAUGAUUUAUGUGUUUUAGCAAAAAUCUAUCCAGAAAAGGAAAAGAUUACUCCAAAGAAAAAGUGA